CGCCGCCUUCGCCCCCGCCUCAGCCCCGCCUGCUUAUUACUCCCCGCUCCUCAGCUCCUCAGCUCCUUCGCUCCUCCCCCGCUCCUCCUCCGCUCCUCCGCAUCAGUCUCGGACCUAGAAGACGGACCACCACACAGGACGAACCUCCUGAACAGAGACACUAAUACAGGGGCUGGCACAAGAGCACUGUACAGCUGAUCUUCCCAGCAUUUCAACUGUGCUGCGGUUGGAGUCCUGACUAUGGCGGCCAUUCUUCUGAGGGCAAAGCCCAAGGUGUCAGUAUCUUUUGAGGAUGUGUCUGUAUACUUUACAAAGACAGAAUGGAAGCUUCUGGAUCUCAAACAGAGGAACCUCUACAAACAGGUGAUGCUGGAGAACUACAGCCAUUUGGUGUCAGUGGGAUUUGCUAUCUCCAAGCCUAACCUGGUAUCCCAGCUGGAGCGAGGGGAGAAGCCCUGGAUUACAGAGGGCAGAAUGGGGACUGCAGCAGGAUCCUGUACUGGGAAUGGGAUAAAGGGCAAGACUUCGACUUCUAAGCGGAAACUUUUUGGAAGAGGUCUCCUUGGAGACACCUCGGGAUCCUCAUUGCAAAGGCGUCCUCACGACUUCAGGCCAAAUCCAAUGCUAAGGUACCAGCACUCCAGAAUCGCUGAGAAGCGGUAUCUGUGUCAGCAGUGCGGAAAAUCCUUCAGCCGCAGCUUCAAUCUCAUCAAGCACCGGAUUGUCCACAGCCAUGAAAAACCUUAUGAGUGCAGCGAGUGCGGGAAGCUGUUCCGGCGUAACUGGGCACUGCUGGAGCAUCAGCGUAUCCACAGUGGCGACAAGCCCUAUGAAUGUGGGGAGUGUGGCAAGACCUUCACACGCAGCUCCAACCUCGUCAAGCACCAGAUCAUCCACAGCAGCGAUAUGCCAUUCGUGUGCCACUUGUGCGGGAAGGUGUUCCGGCGCAGCUUUGCCCUGCUUGAGCAUGCACGCAUCCACAGUGGUGAGCGGCCUUAUGAGUGUGGGGAGUGUGGCAAGUCGUUCAGCCGAAGCUCCAACCUCAUCGAGCAUCAGCGCAUCCACAGCAGCCGGAAGCCCUAUGUUUGCCCGGAGUGUGGCAAGGCCUACAAGGCUAUCUCGCAGCUCAUCCACCACCGGCGCAGCCACCGCAAGGACAAGCCCUUUGCCUGCCGUGAGUGCGGCAAGGCUUUCCGCGGCCACUCGGGGCUCAGCCAACACCAGCGGGUGCACAGUGGUGAGAAGCCCUACAAGUGCAGCGAAUGCGGCCGGGCCUUUGGUCGCCGGGCCAACCUCUUCAAGCACCAGGUGGUUCAUGGUGGGGUGCGGCUUGGCGGUCAAGACAAGGAGCUCAGGCGUGGAUGCAUGCAUCUGGAGCAUCGGUGGGCGUCCCGAGGGCCGCAGCCCCAGGAGGCAGGGGAAGGCAGCUCUGCUGACCCCCAGCCUGUCGACACCAAUGAGAAGCCCCAAGUGUGUGAGCGCUGCAGCCAGGUGUUCGAAAACAAGUUGCUGCUGUGUCGCCACUUGCGCAUCCACGAUGAUGAAGAUGACAAGAAACAGAAGCCUUUUACAGGGACCACCUCAGCUUUGGAGGAGAAGUCACUAUUGAGCCAACAUCUAGAAGCCCAGCCCGAAGAGGGAAGCGACAGUGAAAACAGUGAGGUUUUCCUGUAUGAUGAAAAGGCCCAGGGUCCAUCUUUACCUUGAGGCCUAAAUACGGCAGCAACUCAGAAUGGCAGGGUGGCCCCUUCCCCCACUGUGAAACAGAAAAGCUAUUCAGAAUGACAGCGAGCACAUACAUAGCCCCCCACCCAGUAUAGUCUGCCCUACUCCUUUCCCUGACGGGUAGAAAAGGAAAGUUCCCUCCCUAGUCCUUAAUGACAAAAUUGAUGCACAGGAAGAUGGCUCCUCAAGGAGCCUAGACAGGGUACUCCUGUGUGUGGUUGGAUGUGUGAGUGCCUGUGUGAGUGGGGUCUCCACGUGAGCAGAUUUGUAUAAUACAGAGUUAGUCUCUCCUAUCUACAUGAGAAUUGCCUGAUGUGGUUAGGAGGGAAGCAGCAGUGUCCACCAACUCUAGGUACAGUUACCUUGAAGUUUACAGAGAGAUGACCCAUGUCCUUUCCCUUGUUUAAUGUGAGGUGGUUUCCUCCUCUUAAGAGGUUUUUUUUUUUUUGUGUGUGUGUGUGUGUGUUUCCAGGUAGAAUAUACUGAACGCACUUUAUUCCAUUAAAAGUUUAUAAAUUGAGGGGGUUCUAAAAUUAACCUGCAGUCCUGGAGCGCUAGCUGGACCCUAUGUGAAAACUUAGACUCUAUAUAUGUGACCCAUGCUGCUGCUGCUUGGAGGGUCUGUACUAAACUUGCAGAGAAGUUAAGGCCCAGAGAUCCUGUGGGUCUUCUUUUUUUUUGGGGGGGAGGGAGCCCCUUUCCUCUGGUCCCCACAGGAGAAGGGUCUAGGUAAUACAUGACAGCAUUUACAACCCCAACAUCCUGCUAGCUUCAGUCUCCUCCCUUCCCACUCAGUGAAGGCCAUAUGGUCUCUUUGUGUUGCUCUUACCUGCUGCCCCAGUGCCUAAAGUUUGUCUGUUAAUCUCUUUCAGGCAACCCAUUGUGUAGUGAUGACAGGUUUUGAAUUUGCACUUAGAUGGCACCUGAAAGGAAUGUGGCCAGACAGUUCUUUCAGACAGAGGACAUUUCUUAGAAUAUUAAGGUUGCCAUUAUUUUAAUAUUCUUUUGUUUGAGGGUAACAGUUGAAAAUGGAGAUUGCUGUUGUUGUUGUUAUUAUUGUUGUUGCUGUUGUUAUAUGAGCAUGUUAGGGAGUUGAUCCUUUUAUAAAAAUUCCUCAGACAGAUGGUGUGGCUCAGAGGUGGAGUAUAUACCCAACAGAUCGAAGACCAUGUGUUCCAUGCCUGCCCCCUGCCCCCUGCCCCCUGCUCCCUGCCCCCUGCCCCCAGAAAAAUUCAGACACAAGAAAGGGGCCUUCCCAGCCCAUGACUGAUUAGUGAGGUUGCAAACCUGGCCCUCCAAGUGAUGAUAUCACAUUUCUGUCUUCCCUUAAGUCUGGAUGACUUGCCAAAUGGCACUUUAUUGAGAACUAAGGAGGUGUUUUACAGGGAAACCUGCGGCAGUUCUUUUCUGCCUGUGCUGUCUCCAGAAGCCUGGGAGAUCUGUCCCUUGGUAUACUCAGCUCAGCAUCCUGGUCAGCGAGCUACUUUCCAGCCCUUUCCUAUCCAAGGGCCAAGAAAGAUUUUGUCACAAAUGCUGCCUCAGGGCAGGUUAAUAAUAGAGAUAGAGAUUGCUGAGGUACCCUCCCUGCCAGGUGAGUGAGGUUCACAGAUAAUUACCUCCUGACAAGAGAGUAUGGGAAGACCUGGAAACCAUGGAUGCUUAUUGAGAUCCUGGUCACAGAAUAACUUCACACACACACACACACACACACACACACACACGCACGCACACGCACACACAUGCACACACACACAUGGACACACACUUUAUGUAUAUAAAAUGUUUUUUGUAAAGUUCCAGUUUGUAACUUGCUCUUAUCUCCAUGUCAUCUAGUAGAUCCCCAUUUUUACGUCUUGUGAUUGCUUUCUUGUGAGCUUGCAACCAUGUGUCCUGCUCAGCCUUGUGUCUGCACUCCAAGCCCAUUGCUGGGCACUAGUGAAAGAGCCUUGCUCUCCUGGUGGGCUGGACAAAAAAAAAAAAAAAAAAAAAAAAAAAAGACAGCUACUUGGAAACUGCUCACUCAUGUGGAAAAGGGCUGUUCCCAAGAUUAAACCAACAAGUAAUGGGUUCAAGGUCAAAAGCAAGAGUCAAGUCUGAGUAGAAAGCCUAAAGUGAUGCUAGGAUUAUUGAGCAGGGGUUGUUUCCCAUAUAGGAGGGCCUGCCCUAGUUCACAGGAUGCAGGCUUUUUACAGGGCCACAGUGUAGGGAAGGGCAGCAGUGUAGAACUACAUAGUGGUUGGCUUCAGUGGCUCCUGGAGGCAGUCGAAAGUAUCUGCCACUUUGGUUUCCCAGUAGAAAGGAAAUACUAAGACCAGGAUCUUUUAAGUUCCUGGUGACGUACUUGUUCAGUCUCUGCUAGGGAUGGCACAGAUACAGGAAACUAGGCCUAAGCCUCUUGCAGAGCAGGUGCCUACAGUGAGAGGCUGUGUGCAGGCUCUGUCACGUGCUCUUGGGUGUUUAUUUCCAUGGCUCUCGGAAGUGAAUGCAUGAUACCUCUCCUCCAAGCCAGCCACCAGCUUCUAUACCCAAGGAUAAGUCCCAAGAGGAAGGAUCAUCUGUAGUCAUUUUCAGCAGAAAGUGGGGUCUACAGAUAAAGAUGUAGAGCACUCCAGAGUGGAGUGCCCUGAAAUGCUCCACAGUCCCCAAUGGCUGCUUACAUACAUAGCAACACAUCUGUUUAUUAGUUUUCUACUUUAGUUCCUGUUCCUAGAUGUUUUCAGCAAGGCAGAUAGGAGUAGCGAGUUCUCUCAGGUAUGGUAAUCAGGUAUGUAAAAUGAACAGGACAAGUUCUCCAGGAAUAAAGUCAGAGUAACCAAAGGAACACUUGUGCUUUCCCUUAUUUUGUGCCUGAAAAUUAUGCUCCAUCCCUUGUGCUGGAUGAGGAAUGGGGCUGAUUGUUCAUUUGUGUGUAUUGAGAGGCAACUAGAUUGUAAAAGCUUAAACUAUCAAAACUGCUGUUUUCCUGUCCUACUUCCAUAUACUUUACUUUUGGACCAUUUGCCUUGUAAGACUUUGGGUGCUUUUUCAGGUGCUGUGUGAAUGUCCUGGCAAGUGUCUCCAGGAAACUGAUAGAUGGACUUCUCUGAAUUUAUCAUGAGGUAGAAUUUUUUCAACAUUUUUGUUGGUUAAAAAGAAAAGACAGUCAUUUGGAAACGCCCCCCUCCCAAGUAGAGAGGGGCUGUUCCCAGGAUUAAAGUAAACAGACAGGUAGUGAAUUCAAGGUCACAAGCAAGAAUCAAUUCUGAGCUAGAAAGAGCUUAGAGUGAUGCUAGAAUUAUUAGGGAGGGGUUGUUUCUCAUGUGGGAGGGCCUGCCGUGGUCUACUCAGUACAGGCUUCUCACAGGGCCCCAUACUGCAACUCUGAGACCAGGCCUGCCUAACAGGUUCCUAAACAGAAAGCUUAUUACUCUCCUAAUAGGCACACUAUGCCUGUCUUUCUGUUACUGUGUUGGUUUUUUUUGUUGUUGUUGUUGUUGUUGUUUUGUUUUGUUUUGUUUUUUCUGCUUCCAAGUUUCAGACAGCAUGGAAUCACCCACCCUCACAGCUUUCCAAACAGGAAGUAGAAUAUAGGGACUUUAGGUGUGUGUGUGUGUGUGUGUGUGUGUGUGUGUGUGUGUGUGGAGUUGCUGAAAAGUGCUUUGGUAGAGAGUGGAGAGUAUGUAGUGUAUUAGGGAAGCCCAGAUUGCACACAGGUUUCUUGAAGGCAGUUCUGCAUCAGUAACUCAGUCUAGAGUCUGAAGUACCUAGGAUGCCAUGUGUAGAAAUUUAGACCCUAGCUGGUUCCAGAUGAGAAACAAUUUUCCUAAACAUGAAGUGAAGAAAAAUUAGUAUAAAGGAGAACUGCUAUGGGGUGUGAGUUAACACCUCACCAGCCACUAUGGUCAAAGAGAUGGCCACCGUGAAGAGGUAGUGUAAAAGAAGGAGUUGGGGGAUUCCACCCACUUUCCUAGGAGUCCCCACUUGCCUUGCCAUUUUUAGCUGGCUUCAUAUUUUGUGAGCCCCAAUUCAUCUGUGAUUCCACAAAACAAUGGCUCUCUGAGACUCCUGGACACUUGUUUGUGAGGGGGGGGGUUUCUUUGGAGGCUGUUGUUUUAAGCCUGUAUAACCCAAGCUGGCCUUUGACUCUUAAUUUUCCUGUCUCUACCUCCUACAUGCUGGAAUUACAGGUUUGAGCCACAAUGCCUGCCUUCUGCAGAUUCUUAUGGUCUUAUAUUGAAAGUAAAGUCAAGUUCAAGGCCUUGCAUGUUUAUUAGGAGAACAGUACCUCCUUUGGUGUUCAGCGGAGCUAAGCCUGGUCCCUCUCCACCACCUGGGAAUGCUGAGAACAGAAAUGAAGGCCUGCUAUUCAUCUGGAGGCUUCUGAUGCAUUAAUGCCUUUUGGAAGACUGACGGGGGUAGAGUUUAUACAGCUUAAAGUGUGCAACUGUGGAUGAAUUGUGUCUAUACCCUUAAAACAAUCCCUGAUGUCAAGUCAGUGAACACUCAGCAUCUUAGCCAAUAACUCCUUUCUGCUCCUCCCUAUCCCCUAUCCUUACAACUACUGCUUUUCUAUCACUAGUGAUUAACUUCUGUAUAAAUGGAUGUCCACAGUAUGUGUCUGGCCUCUUAGUGCCAGUUUUUAAAUGUUUUCAGGUGUUUGUGUGUAUAUCCACUUCAUAUUUAUCCCAUUGUAUACAUGGCCUCCAAUACUUGUUGAUGCCUGUAUAUUUACAUAAUAUAUUUACAUUAUAUUUACAUUCUUUCCAGUUUGAGACAAAUAAAGCUGCUCUGAGUAUUUGUA